ACUCUCGCCGCGCUCUCGCACUGCACAGUCGGGAACAGAGGCACGGAAUGGACACGGAAGGGAGCCAGAGCAGCCUGUCCUCCGCGGACUCCCCCCACGAUCCCUGCAAAAUGUUCAUUGGCGGCCUCAGUUGGCAGACGACACAAGAGGGUUUGAAGGAGUACUUUUGCAAGUUCGGUGAGGUGAAGGAGUGCAUGGUGAUGCGGGAUCCGGUUACGAAGCGCUCGAGGGGGUUCGGCUUUGUCACCUACGUCGACCAGGCCGGUGUGGAUAAAGUUUUGGCACAGACCAGGCAUGAGCUGGAUUCUAAAACCAUCGACCCAAAGGUGGCGUUUCCCCGGAGAGCUCAGCCCAAGAUGGUAACCCGAACCAAGAAGAUCUUCGUGGGGGGGCUGUCCGUAAACACCACCAUCGAGGACGUGAAGCAGUAUUUCGACCAGUUCGGAAAGGUUGACGACGCCAUGCUCAUGUUUGACAAAACCACCAACAGACACCGAGGGUUUGGAUUUGUGACCUUCGAGAACGAGGACGUGGUGGAGAAAGUGUGCGAGAUCCAUUUCCACGAGAUCAACAACAAGAUGGUGGAGUGCAAGAAGGCUCAGCCCAAGGAAGUGAUGUCACCGACAGGGUCAGCGAGGAGCCGCUCCAGGGUGAUGCCCUAUGGCAUGGACGCCUUCAUGCUGGGGAUCGGCAUGCUGGGUUACCCAGGGUUCCAAGCGGCCACUUACGCCAGCCGCGGCUACACAGGCAUCACCCCCGGGUACACCUAUCAGUUUCCAGCCAUUCCACUGACGGCAUACGGACCAAUGGCUGCGGCUGCAGCAGCGGCGGUAGUUCGAGGCUCCGCCCCUUCCCGCACAGCAGGGUUUCUGGGCACUAGCAGCCCUGGGCCAAUGGCAGACCUGUACGCAGCAGAUCAGGACUCUGGAGUCAGCAGUUACAUCAGCGCCGCGAGCCCGGCACCCAGCACCGGAUUUGGCCCCGGCCUUGGGGGUCCUCUGAUUGCUACGGCCUUCACCAACGGCUACCACUGAAGAAGGGUCUCCUGUGUGGAACAUCAGAGAAGUAAAUGCUGCUUUGAGCCAGUGAGAAACGCUGGGUGUCUUCAUUGUGGCACACCCCGAAAGGCCACGCCAGCUGUCACAUGACCUCCCCCCCCCCCCCACUCUGCCCCACCCCCAAUCCUACCCAAUGGCAGAAGAGCUUUUCCCACUUCCCGUUUCCUCUACUAACAUCACUAUCUGCAUAACAUCCCUUGUUCACGUCCUCACCUAUGUAGGUCUAAUCUAUUUUUAAGGUGGCCAGUCUGCCACUUCAACUUUGUUCGAGUGAACAAAAAACAUGGAACAAAAGAAGUUUUGUUUUGUUUUUUUUUUUUUAAACAAAAAAAAAAGAUUGUAAUUUUAUUUAGAAGAGCGCACCUGCUUAUGUUGUUGCAGUUUUCCUUUGUUUUUGUUAUUGUUGAGGAAGUUUAAGUUAACCGUUUUUAUGUCUGGACUGUGGGUUCACUUGACUACCUUUGUCAUAAAUUCGAACCGACAUCAUGAUGUCACGCGGAGGAGAGGGAGAGAAUAAUUUGCCGAGGAUGAACGCGUUUCUCCGGUGAGAAUAUUAGGCAUGGUCGGGGUUGCGGCUCCCAUUUUCGUGAGAGUGGGCGUCUGUCUCAGUGUUAGGUUCGUGAUGAAUUUUAACGCAGAAGCAAGAAAAAAAAACAGAAAUCAAAAAUCAUUUUUUUAACAAAAUGACAAAAAUGUAUAUUUUGGUAGUUUUUAAGCAAAAAACCAUUUGUAAUAUUAAUAAUAGUAAUAAUAACCGAGAAGGUAUUUUUCCGUAAUUGGUUUUAAACGAUGUUUAUUUCUUCCUGUAAGAUAAUGUACAUACAGCUUAGUCGUCGGUGAUCUCAUGAAAUGUCGGGGCGGGGUUA